AUGUGUGUGGCAAGGCCUGGCAGUGCCCGAGCAAGCUGGAGAGCCACCGGCGGGCGCACGCCACUUCGACUGCUCAGAGUGCGCAAGAGUUUCAAGACGGCGAGUGGCCUGAAGGCCCACCGGCGGGUUCACACGGGCGAGAAGCCCUAUGGCUGCUUUACAUUCGGCAAGAGCUUUACCGUGUUGUCGGGGCUGCGGGAGCACCAGCGGGUGACAGUAGUGAGCGGCCCUUCUCCUGCUCCGACUGCGGCAAAGGCUUCAAAUCCGCCCCUACACCUGUGCCCAGUGCGGCAAGGACUUCACCCGCUCCAGUCACCUGCUGAAUCACCAGCGCACCCACACCGGCGAGCGCCCCUACACCUGUGCCCAGUGCGGCAAGGGCUUCAACCGCUCCACCAGGCUGCUGGUCCCACCAGCGGGUGCACGCCGGCGACCGUCCCGUCCCCAGCCCGGUGUGUGGAGAGCGCUUUGCCAUGGCCUCCCACGCCCUGUCUCACCAGCACGUGCACACCAGUGGCCAGCCCUACGACUGCCCGUACUGUGGUGAGGCGUUUGACAGCUCGCGGGGGUUGCGGCAGCACCGGCGGGCCCACGCCGGCGAGCAGCUGCUCCCACUGUGACAAGAGAGCAUGGGGGCUGCGGGAGCACCAGCGGAUACACACCAGAGAGAGACCCUUUGUGUGCGCUGAGUGUGGCAAGGGUUUCACCCGCAUGUCCAGCCUGUGGCAGCACCGGCGUACCCACAGCGGUGAGCGUCCCUUCCCCUGCCCGUCCUGUGGUAAGGGCUUCACCCACCUUGACCACCUGCUGGAGCACUGGCGAGUCCACACCGGCCAGCUCCCCUUCACCUGCCCAAUCUGUGGCAAGGCCUUUGCCCGCUCCUCCAGCCUGCUGGCACACCGCCACGUGGAUAGAUAGGCACUGUUUAGGUAAACACAAAAUGCUGGAAGGAAUGGGUAACAUUUUCUGGUCGAGACCCUCCUCAGUCUCGACCCGAAAUGUCACCCAGUCCUUCUCUCCUGAGAUGCUGCCUGUCCCGCUGAGUUACUCCAGCAUUUUGUGUCCUAUUUUAGAAACCAGCAUCUGCAGGUCCUUGUUUUUAAACCAUUCUGAUUAACCAUCUCUGCACCUUCCCCAAAGCCUCCACCUCAGUCCUGUAUUGGAGUGACCAGAACUGUAUGCAAUACUCCAAAUGCUACCUGACCAAUGUCCCUUAAAGCUGCACAUACACAUUCCUCUCUCCUUAUCUCACAUCCUUUUAUCUCCCUAUUUUCCCUCAUCUCUGUCACUUACUGCACUCAUCUGCUGAUCACCCCCUCAUCUGUUAACAUAGUGUCAGUCUGAAGAAGGGUCCUGACCCGAAACGUCGCCUAUCCAUGUUCCCCACAGAUGCUGCCUGACCCGCUGAGUUACUCCAGCACUUCGUGUUAGAGUCAUAGAGUGAUACAGUGUGGAAACAGGACUUUCGGCCCAACUUGCCCACACCGACCAACAUGUCCUGGCUACACGAGUCCCACCUGCCUGCAUUUGGUCCAUAUCCUUCCAAACUUGACCUGUCUAUAACUGUUUCUUAUAGGU